UGUCUUAUUCCAAGUAAUAAAAAUAAGCUGUUGCUGAGUAUAUGUCAACUGCAUUUACCGACUGAAGCAGCCAAUUUAAGUUUUUAGUAUUGACAUUUAAAAGAUACCGAAGACUAGAUUUACAGUGUGAACAAAUAUUCAAUUUCGGUGCUCAAAAGUUUUGAGAAAACCAAUUUAAAGUUAAGUGUUUACUAGCAUCUCUCUGAUUAUAUUUUGGAAAAUGCUGCCAAAAAUGGAGUUUAUUCUUAUUUUCUAUGAGUUGAAAAGUACACAUAAGAUGGAAAGGGCAUUUGUAACACUGAGUCCAGUGAUUUUAUUUUCACUUUCCAUUUGCUAGGACAGGAGGAUGUCUACCAGGCAUGAUGGGAGCAUGGGGUGUUUUGGGAAGAAAAUUUUUUGUGUGAAAACAAAUACUUGUGUUUAACAAUUAUUAAACUAUAUGUAGAAAUAUGCAUUUAACAUUUACAUUAGUGCAGUAGAAAUACCUUCUAUAGUAAUGUCAUUGAAUUACCAGUUUACUGAUACAUGCAACAAUUUAACAUAAUUAUGAAUCAUUAGGUAGUCCCUAAGUCUUAGAAUUAGGUAUAUUUCCUGGGUGGACAUAACAAUGCUGGACAUUUAGUUAUGGCUCUUAUGAGGUACUCAGAAAGGUUGUGAUGUGAGGGUAAUGGAAAGCUAAUGCAAAACAAAUUUUCAAAAAAUUACAGAGAAUGUUAGUAUUGUUGCUACCUUUGAAAUGUUAUUUAAAAUCUUAAUUUCUUUGUUCUUUAAAAUGUCUGCUGUUUUGUAAAUUGCUCCUUGUAUUCCAAAUACUGUUCAUUCAUUCCUGUCUUACCUUUCAUUAGCAUUCCUUUUCAUUUUACCUCUUCUGCAAUUGCCUUAAUCUCUCAAGUUAUAAUUAGUAUAAUUUUUGAGGGAAUUUUAACUUACAUUUUCUUAGAAUAAAUUAUACAAAAUUAUGGGAAAAAAACAGGAAACGGGGGUAUUAAUUGUCAAUUUCUUUACCUAUUAUAUUGUUCAGUUUUUUUAAUAAUGACACUAAUCCCUUUUAUGAGGGAUUCACCAAAUUACCUAAUCACCUCCUAAAAGGACUUACAUCACCGCAGACAGAGGUUUCAAUAUAAGAAUUCAACAUACAUUUCAACAAAAGAAUUUUGAAGAGAAAUAGACAUUCAGAUGAUGGCAAUAUUAAAUGCCACAAACAGCAAAGCAUUAAUUCUAAAAGGUUCUUAACAACUGUGCUUGAGAAAAUUGCUAAUGGCUUUGCAGAGAAUCCCUGCUCAGCUCUCAUUUAAUGUGCAUGGCCCUUGAAAUACACGUUCUCUGACUUUGCCCAAAUUCUGAGGCCUGUGCACCACAAUUCCAGGAAAAUGAAUAAAACUGCAUAGAAUUGAACUGUCAUAGAAGAUGUUUUUAUUCAUUAUCUCUCUUCUCAUUUAUUUUUCUUUAAUAUGUACCCUAUCUAUGUCACUUACUGUGUUAUCAGUGUGAAAAUUAAGGAGAGCGAUUUUAGAUGAUAAAUGAAUCCUUAUGAAAUAAAAACAAGCCAAUUUUGGAAACUUAAAAUACUAAAACACUGAAAAGAAAGCAGGAAUGUUUUAUGAACGAUCAAAAAAGCUAGAACAAAUAAAUCCAAGGAGUUUGACUCUUUGGUUAGACGCAGUUGAAUGCUUAAAUUUAUAUUUAAGUUUCCUUGAAGCUGAGAUACUACAGAGGGGUGUGUGUGUGUGUGUGUGUGUGUGUGUGUGUUAAAUCAAGUCCAUGCACAGUCACUUAAUCAUGUGUCAGUUUGAAGAAAAUGUAUCAUGGAAGGAAGGAUUCACCUUCCACUAACCUGCACUUGUCAAAAAUCACCACAUCUGCCAUGGCUUCUGAAAUAUUGCCAUCUCCUGCACCCAGCUUUCAAUACAUCCUAUUCAUUUCAUCCUACCAAGUGUGCUGUUCCUUGAUAGUCUCUCUUGUCAGUUCCUCUUCUUUAUACACUUUUAAUGUCAUGCCUCAGGGCUUAGUUUUUGGCCUACUUAUUUUUUCUGUUUAUACACCUUUGGUUAUAUCUCUCACCCAGGGUCCUCAAUAUGAUCUCAAUUUCCCAGAUAUAUACUUCCAUCCAAGAUUUCCUUCCAGCUUUGUAUAUUUCAUGUGCCUGACACCAAAAAUUGUGUUUUGCCUACUAUGUUGAGUAGAUAUGUUAAGUAGAUUAGACACUGAUGUCUAAUACGUGUGUCAAAUUUGGCAGUUAUAAAACUAAGCUGUCUCCAGUCCCCACAAUCUAUUUGCAGAAUCAUCUGUUUUAGAACACAGCCACAUCAUUCAUUCAGAUUAAACAUUUGAAGUUUUUCUUGAAUCCACUAAUUUUUUACAGUUUACAACUAAGAAUACUAUACACACUAUUUAUAAUUUGAAAAUUUUCACCAUCAUUGUUGCUAUUUUCCUGACAGGAGCCACCUAUCUCUUCCCUGAGUUAUUGUUAGAGGCAACAAACCCCAGGAUUGGACUGUCACAUGAGAUUCCCAAGAAUCAGAGAUUUGAUCCACUUUUGAGCUUAGUAAUAAUUCCAAUGAUGCAAAUAAGUAUAAUAUAUAGAUGAAUCAGGCAUAAUUCCAAGAUGCCCAGGGUGACUUCCUAUGUCAUUUUUUCAUCUCAUCAAAUUGUAUGUGUUUCAAGUAGCAGAUGAGAUUUCUAAGGAAGUAUAAGGUCUCCUUAAUGUAAGAGACAUGUAGAUAAUAGAAUAUCACCAUUUUUACUCAUAAAGUUAUAUAAUUACAUUAUAUAAUACAUGGAACUAGAUCCAACAGAUCUAUAUUUUUCAGGCUUACUUACCAAGCAAUUAUAGAAACAAGUAUAUUCUGUCCAUUUUUUUUCCAUAAUAAGUACUUUCUCCCAGUACAAACCACAGUAUUUACCUGCCAGGAGGUCUGGCAUUUCCAUAUUUAGUAGAAGACAAGACUCCUCCUUGAAUGUUUCCUUCCUAGGAGCUUUCCUAGGAAGUUCAUUCGCCAGUUAACUGCAGAACUGCCAUGCAAACACUUCCAUCUCACCUCAUACUGGCUUUUACUCUUUCCUGCCCGAUUCUGUUUUCAAGGCAGCCAAAUGACCAUGUCAUUCCUUUGCUCACAACAUUGUAAAGACACCACAUUUUACUCAGGAUAAGAUCCAAAGACCUGGCCAAGAACCCCAAAUGUCCACACGAGCAGUUGCUGACUAACAUGUCUUCACUUUCAUCAUUGUAACCACACUAGCCUCCUGGGUGUCUUGUUCUCAGGUACAUUCCUGCUACUCUUCUCAGAUACAGAGCUAAUUCUCCUACUUCCUUGACAUCUUCACUGACCAGGUCUUUUCUCAAGGAGUGGAGAGCUCCUCCCCCAACACACUCAUGUAGACUUCAAACACCCACAGUCUGCAGCUUUAAUUUUUUUAACCUUCCUUUUGUUAUCAAUUACCAGUUUAUUUCAUAUGCUGAAUGAAAUACACUGUUAGAAUAUAACUUUCAUAAAAGCAAGAAUAUUUAUCUCUUUUGUUCACUGAGGUAUACCCAAUACCUAGAGGAGCAGCUAGUGUGUAUAGCAGGUUGUAAAUAUUUUAUAAUGAGUUUAUGACUGCACCAGGGUUAUGCAGUUGUGCAUUUGUCUUCGAUGGCAGAUUAUCCUCUAACAGGGAUAAUCAUUUUUCUCUUGUCCACAUCAUAGUCCCUGAUAGUCAAUUAUGAAUAUAACUUUUCCCAGAAUAUUUUUCACUGAAAAAUAUUUUCUCUUCAAAAUUACAAUUAAACAAGAUGUUUCAAGUAUUUUCUUAAAAAGAUUUUAAAAGUGGGUCAACAAGAAUAAAUCCAAAGAAUAAAAUUUAUAAUAGUAUACUGCCAAUCUUUAUGCAGCACAAUCUUGUAAAUUAUGCAAAAUUAUGUAUAUGUACUUUAAAAAUAUACUGACAUGUAGAAAAAUAGAGUAAAACACUAGUUAUAAAGAACUGACUUUUUUAAUUUUUAUUUUUUAUUAAUUGCUCGAGACAAUACAAUGAUCUUGACAUAUCAUAUAUUUGAUUCAAUGGGGUAUGAAUUCUCAUUUUUCCAUGUGUACAGAUUGCAGGAUCACAUUGGUUAUAUAGCCACGUAUAUACAUACAGCAAUACUAGUGUCUGUUGUAUUCUGCUGCCCUCCCUAUCCCCCCUCCUUUCCCCUCCCCUCCCAUCACCUCUCUCUACCCAAUCUACUGUGACACAUUUCUCUCUCUCUUUUUUUUCCUUCCCCCUCACACUAUCAUAUAUGUAUUUUGUAUAAUGAUGAGGGUCUCCUUCCAUCUUCCAUGCAAUUCCCCUUCUCCCUCCCAUUCCCUCCCACCUCUCUUCCCUGUUUAGUGAUAAUCUUCUUCUCAUGUUCUUCCUCCCUACUCUGUUUUGAGUCACCUCCCUUAUAUCUGUGUAUGGGGUGAAGGUGGGAGUUCAUAACCCACUUGAAUCAAAGUGUGGAAUAUGAUAUGUCAAGAAAUUUGUGGCUUUGUGGUCCCUGCCGCCUCCUCAGGGCCUCCGUAGCGCCCACCGCGGCCCUGGCUGCGGCGCUGCUUUCGUCGCUCGCGCGCUGCUCUCUCCAGGAGCCGAAGGACCAGGUGGCUUCGGCGCUCAGCCCCUACUUCGGCACCAAGACUCGCUACGAAGAUGUCAACCCCGGACUACUGUCGGACCCCGAGGCGCCGCAGCGGGACCCAGAGCUGCUGGAGGGGAGCUGCACCCCGGUGCAGCUGGUGGCCCUCAUCCGCCAUGGUACCCGCUACCCCACGGCCAAGCAGAUCCGCAAGCUGAGGCAGCUGCACGGGAUGCUGCAGGCCCGCGGGCCGGGGGAUGAUAGGCCGGGCAAUGCCAGCGAUCGCGGCCUGGGCGCCGCGCUGGCUGACUGGCCGCUGUGGUACGCGGACUGGAUGGAUGGGCAGUUGGUGGAGAAAGGGCGGCAGGACAUGCGACAGCUGGCGCUGCGACUGGCCUCCCUCUUCCCAGCUCUCUUCAGCCGGGAGAACUACAGCCGCCUGCGACUGAUCACCAGCUCCAAGCACCGCUGCGUGGACAGCGGCGCCGCCUUCUUGCGGGGGCUGUGGGAGCACUACCAUCCUGGGUUGUCGCCGCCCGACGUCUCAGAUAUGGAGUGUGGACCUCCAAGCAUAAAUGACAAACUAAUGAGGUUCUUUGAUCAUUGUAAGAAGUUCUUAACUGAAGUGGAAAGGAAUGCUACAGCUCUUUAUCAUGUAGAAGCCUUCAAAACUGGACCAGAAAUGCAGAGCAUUUUAAAAAAAGUUGCAGCUGUUUUGCAAGUGCCGGUAAACAAUUUAAAUGCAGAUUUAAUUCAGGUAGCUUUUUUCACCUGUUCAUUUGACCUGGCAAUUAGAGGUGUCAAAUCUCCUUGGUGUGAUGUUUUUGACAUAGAUGAUGCAAAGGUAUUAGAAUAUCUAAAUGAUCUGAAACAAUAUUGGAAAAGAGGAUAUGGAUAUACCAUUAAUAGUCGAUCCAGCUGCACCCUCUUUCAGGAUAUCUUUCAGCACCUGGACAAAGCAGUUGAAGAGAAGCAAAGUACUAGACACCAAACCCAGAAUCUUGAGCAUACUAAGUCUCAGCCAGUUUCUUCUCCAAUCGUCCUUCAGUUUGGUCAUGCAGAGACCCUUCUUCCACUACUUUCUCUCAUGGGCUACUUCAAAGACAAGGAGCCUCUAACAGCUUAUAAUUACAAGGAACAAAUUCAUCGAAAGUUCCGAAGUGGUCAUAUUGUACCUUAUGCCUCCAACCUAAUAUUUGUGCUUUACCAUUGUGAAAAUGCCAAGACUCCUCAGGAAGAAUUUCAAGUGCAGAUAUUAUUGAAUGAAAAGGUGUUGCCCUUGGCUCACUCACAAGAAACUGUUUCUUUGUAUGAGGAUCUGAAGAACCACUACAAAGACAUCCUCCAGAGUUGUCAAACCAGCGAAGAAUGUGAAUUACCAAAGGUGAACAGCACAUCUGACGAGCUAUGAGUAAUUAAGAACGUUUUUAGUUCAUCAGUGCUUCCCCAUAGGGAGUGAUUACAUGUUUAUAAUAAGUAGACAAUAUCUUGAUUACAGAAGCUUUCAUAUUACUUGGCUAUUUCUGUCUUUUCACAGAAAAACUAAGUUUUUGGGGGAGGGUCUGGACCUGAUACAUAGAUAAGAAAUGAUUUUCACUGGAGCAGCUCUCUUAAGGAAAUAAAAAAAUCUUUUCAGAGAGACAACUAACACAGAAAGUGUUUACAGAAAUGAAAUUUUUCCAACUUCUAUGAGAAACCUCACACUGAAGUAGAGUAUAAUUUGAAAAUGAUACUUGCAAAGUCCUAGAUUAUCAAAACAUGUCAAUUGGAUGAUCCGUAAUUUGAUUUAACUGGUCUAAUUGUGCUAUAGAUCUGUUUUUUUUUCCCAGGUGGAACAGUUCUAGUAUUAAUUGUGUCUCUUAAUCAGAAAUAUUGUGAUUAACUAAGAGUAUCACUUUAGAAGAAAGCUAACAAAGUAAGACUUUGAAACAGUGUUAAGAAACAGACUGAUUUAAAAGGGCAUUUUCACUGAAUGAAGCAAGAAAAAAGUAAGAAUUAUUUUUGUUAAUAGUAUUUUAUAAAGUAUUUAAAUUCUUUCAACAAUUACUUUUAAUAAGUCUUGCAAGGCUAUUUCAAUUAUCAUCAGACCUGUUUUAAGUAUACAAAAAUGGAAAGACAAAAGAGGACCAUUAGCAACAAGUCAGAUGGAUAAAUCAGAGUUUCUUAAAUUCAUUGUUUAGGUAUCUUUUUCAUUUUGUCCCUUGGCUCCCAUUUUUAAAUUUUAUUAUGUGAAGUGUAUCCUUUUUUUUUCUUUUUAUAUUCUUAGAUAUACAUGACAGUAGAGUAUAUUUUGACAUAUUAUAUAUACAUGGAGUGUAACUUCCCAUUCUUGUGGUUAGAAAUGCAUCUUUUGGUUGUUUGAUUUCUUUUUCAUUAAAAAAAAGAAUAUCAUCCUAGCUGACUUAGUUUCAUACAUCUGAACUCAUUUCAUAGAAAUACUUCUGAGUUCUAUCAAAUGCCAUGAAAAUAUUUCCUACAAUAAACAAAAUUCUUCUUUA